AUGCUUGAAAUCACCAAUGAUCUCCAAGGAGUUCAUGAUCGAGCAGAUGACAUCCUCCUUGUGGCUUAUCACCAAUCUGUUGAAGAAGCGCAAGUAGACCAUGAUAGAAACCUGGAAAAUGUAAAGAAAAGGCUUGAUCACGGAAAUACGAAUGAAGAGGAGAUAGCGAAACUAGUGUCCGAAGUGGCGAAAACCUCAACAAUCCAGGAGUCAUUCAAGAAGAAGUUGAACAAGAUGGAGGGCAAGCGGAACAUCCUGGAGGAGCAAAAAGCGAAGGUUUUGAUGGAGCUUCAGAUGGUCCAGCGGAGUCUCAAGGAGGAGAAGCUGAGGGGGAACCAAGACCGGAGGAUGCUGGAGAAUGUUGCUAGGGAGAGGGACAUCAUCAACAAGAGUCUCAUCAAAGCCAACUCACUUGUGAGCGAGAAAGAGAGAGUGGCAAAGUUGACUGAUCAAGCCAAGCUCUACCUAGAACAUGAGAUCGACAAUAACAAUGCAGAAAUCAACCGCCAAGUCCAACACAUCACAUCACUGGAGAAAGAAAAAGAUCGCCAUGUAGCUGAUGCAGUGAUUCUGACCAAGAAACUAGAAGCAGCGAUCGAGGACAAUAAGCUGCAACAGAUGGCUCUCAACGACUACAGAAAGAAACUGACGGAGACGGAGGCUAAGCUGUCGAUGAAGGUUGCGGAAUGUGAGAACGUCCGAUAUGAGCUCAACACUUGCUGCAAGAAUCUCAAUGAAGCUCAGGAGGACAUAACCGAGUACAAGCACAAGGCCAAGGUGAUGACUCUCCAGAUAGAGCAGCUCAAAGAGGACAUUGCUGGCAAAGAGGUACAACUGAUGAGAGAGCAACUGGCCCUGCGCAAGGCUCAUGCAGAGAAAGAGGCGAUGCGGGUGGAGACGAUGAAGGUGGAACACGACCUAAAGGAGGCGAAACAGCAGUUGACCAAACUGGAGGCAGAUCUCAUUAGCCAGCUGCACAUUAUACGCGAGGCAGACGCUCAGCGUGAACGUGACCAGAAGGAAAUAGAGCAGUUAACCAAUGCUCGGGACAUAAUUAACGCCCAGCUGGUGAGACGCAAUGAUGAGCUGGCCAUGCUGAGAGAGAAGACCAAGACGCUACAGAGCAGUUUGGACGCAGGGGAGAACCACUACUCCCAGAGACUUGAGGAUAUCCGGAUACUCAAGCUGGAGAUACAGAAGCUCAGCACUGAGAAAGACGUGUUGACACGUAACCUCACCAACAUGGCAGACCUGCGGACAGAGAUCCAUCACCUGGAGAAGGAUAUGAGCAAGGAGCGGCUGAAGGCUCGAGCGCUGGAGGAGGAGCUCCAGAACCCCCUGAACAUCCACCGCUGGAGGAAAUUGGAGGGAUCGGACCCGUCCAAGUACGAGCUACUGCACAAAGUGAAGGUGCAGCAGAGGCGGAUCCUGGAUCAGGCGACCGCACUGGUGGAGGCGGAGCAAAAAUGUGUGGACCUCGAGCGUAGGCACGCUCACCUCGACCAGAUGUUGGCCCGAUACCAGCACCAGCAGCCCGAGAGGGAGAGAGCAGAGAGCUGCAAGCAGCGGCUCACUCAGUCGGAGAAGAAAGUCAAGUAUCUACUCGGGGACCUGCAAAUGAGGAUGGAGCAAGUUAAUGAGUUGAAAAUGGAACUGGAGAAAACUAACAAUGAGAUCUUAUCUUGGAAGGAAAAGUUCUAUGAACAGAAAAAGCUAAUCGAGAAGUUAAAGGGAAAGCCAGUGGAUAAGACGAUUUCUUGCAUAAAGCCAUCAAAAAGUGCCAACGCUCUGGAGGAAAAGGGGAAGGAAGAAUUACCUCCAUUGCCUUUAAAAACUAGAUUCAUGGGUGGAGGAUUUAAUAUAUCUAACAGCUCAAUUUAAAAACUUAAAAAUUGUUAAUAAAUUAUUUUUUACUUUUUGA